GAGGCGCGGCGUCCAGCUCCUGUUUCAUGGACGGGACGACAGCAGCCUUUCCAUUUCGCUUAAAGGCGCUUAAUUUUGGCAAGGUGUCCGUAGCAAGGCAUGCAACCAGGGCAAAUAAUGUUCGUGCGCGCGAGGGGCACUUGAGAUUCGGGCUAUCGGGUCAGUUUCUCUCUCCCAUAAGGCUCCUCUCUUUUCAACGGCUCCCUGCCAAAGAGAACUUAUUUAGCAGAGAUUAGACAGAAUUGUCUCCACGAAGAACCAACUUCUCGCCACUGGCAGCUUGUAUUAUUUUUUGACCAAAAGAGUGUGGAACAGUUUCCCCCUGGUGAUUCCAAAGAAGAUGGCUGAGAAACAGAUUAGUUUGCCUGCUAAGCUCAUCAAUGGAGGAACUGCUGGAAUCAUUGGAGUUACUUGUAUAUUUCCAAUUGACCUCGUUAAAACAAGGCUACAGAAUCAAAGAAGCGGACAGCAAGUCUACAGAAGCAUGUUGGAUUGUCUAAUUAAAACGCUACGCACAGAAGGCUGUUUUGGAAUGUACAGAGGUGCAGCAGUGAAUCUGACCCUUGUAACACCGGAGAAGGCUAUCAAACUGGCUGCUAAUGACUAUUUUAGGCACCUCCUUGCCAAGGAUGGCGUGGCACUAACUUUAUCAAAGGAGAUGAUGGCAGGCUGUGGUGCCGGAAUCUGCCAAGUUAUCAUCACCACUCCUAUGGAGAUGUUGAAAAUCCAGCUGCAGGAUGCAGGAAGACCAGCAUCCCAGCAGCUUGUGAGCAGAGUUCCCUGUUCAGCUCCUGGAUGCAAGCUUGUCGCUGUCAACUGUGUUCUGACCAGAGCGUACAAUGUGGGACCUGCUUCUUUUUCAAGGAGGAUAUCUGCCACCCAGAUAGCAGCUGAGCUUCUGAAAACUCAAGGCAUUAAGGGACUCUACAAGGGUCUUGGAGCUACUUUGCUGAGGGACGUCCCAUUUUCUGUCAUCUACUUCCCAUUAUUUGCCCAUCUCAACAGAGCAGGACAGGAUUCCAUGGAGGAGAGAGCCCCUUUUUUUCGUUCUUUUCUUGCUGGCUGCAUGGCUGGCUUGGUGGCAGCUGUAUCUGUCAAUCCUUGUGAUGUAAUAAAGACUCGUCUUCAGUCAAUGGGCAAAGGAAGAAAUGAGGAGGCCUACAAUGGAAUUAUUGAUUGUGCAAGGAAGCUAUGGAUGAAGGAAGGCCCAUCAGCCUUCCUAAAGGGGGCUGGCUGCAGAGCAUUGGUCGUUGCACCUCUCUUUGGUAUAGCACAAGGAAUUUAUUUUAUUGGUGUUGGAGAGUUUCUUAUUGAGCUAUGGCAGUAUGGAGGACUUUCCCCCUAGAUUUCCCUUCUCGUUCCUUGGACCUACUGGAAUGGAGUCCACAAGAACCACCAGCAGACAAGAUGCAAGAAAACCAUGGCAGCUCAGAAUGCCUUAUCAGUGUUUCAUCUGUCAGGGAACAAGAACUAAAAAGUCUAGGUCAUCAGGCCUCACUUAAAUGUUACCAGAAUUUCAGAGGCUACAUGUGCCUUGACUAGUUGGUUCUCUAAUGCAUGACAUUUGUGUAUUUUUCUUAUGACUUUACAAGUCAGAAUUCUGACAUCAAGGAAGCAGGACAAACAUCUGUAUGUGUAAAGUGUGGGCAUGUCUUUUAGCUCUGGUAGGUGAGAGACUUGAGCCUCUGAGAAUGGAAUGGCCAUGGCUACUUUUGUGGAGCUUGGCCAUGGGAGGAUGUAUAAGAAAUGUUUUAUUUAUGAAUUGAGCAGGAAGAGAAUACUAUAAACAAUAUUUGUUGGGCCAAAUCUUCUUGACUGGUUUGAGAACCAAACUGGACAGUCGUCCUUGGGGUUCUGUAACUGUUGUUGAUUCACCCAGGUGUAAUCCUCCUGGCUACCCUCAAGUAAAAUAAAACUGAGGAGCAAAAAGUGUGUGAUGUUUUUAUACAUCUGUGUUUAUAUCUUUUCUUAUAACUGAGUAAAGAAUUUGGUUCCUGUGGCAACUGCUAAGUGCCAAAGCAACUUUAUACAAAACAAGUAACAGGCUAAGUAACCAUAGAUUUUAUUAUUCAUAAUUAACCACAUAAUUUCUGUAUCACUGGGUUCAUCUGGCAGACUUAUUAAGAGUCCAAGGAGAUACAUGUGCUCCUUCUUAAAGAAUGAUAAGCUGGUCUCUAGAGAUAUUGUAAAUCCCGUAUGUGCAGUGCAAGAGUGAUGCAUACCUCUGACUUACCCUGACACAAUAAAAAGAUUCAGACCAGUG